AUGUCUGACGAGAUCAUUUGGCAAGUGAUCAAUCAACAAUUCUGCACCUACAAGCUGAAAACGGACAAGGGACAAAAUUUCUGUCGUAAUGAAUAUAAUGUGACAGGUUUUUGUUCGAGACAAUCCUGCCCUCUAGCAAACGCCAAGUAUGCCACGGUAAAAUCUGUGGAUGGAAAACUGUACUUGUAUAUGAAAACCGCUGAAAGAGCUCAUACCCCUGCCAAACUGUGGGAAAGGAUUCGGUUAUCCAAAAAUUAUUCUAAAGCAUUGAAGCAACUUGACGAUCAUCUUUUGUACUGGAAUAAGUUCUUGAUCCACAAAUGCAAACAAAGACUCACGAGGCUGACGCAAGUAGCUAUUACAGAAAGACGUAUGGAAUUGAGAGAGGAAGAAAGACAUUAUGUUGGUAUUGCUCCGAAAGUCAAGAGAAGAGAAGAAAACAGAGAGCGCAAGGCCCUAGCAGCAGCAAAGAUUGAGAAGGCUAUCGAAAAAGAAUUAUUGGAAAGAUUAAAGAGUGGCGCAUACGGUGAUAAGCCAUUAAAUGUAGAUGAGAAAAUUUGGAAGAAGGUUUUGGGUCAUGUCGAAGAUGAGCAAGAAGACCAAGAAGAUGAAGAGUUUGAUGAAGAGGAGGAAAGCGAUGUCGGUGAAGUUGAAUACGUCGAAGAUGAUGGCGAUGAAGAUAUGGUAGAGGUUGAAGAUCUCGAAAGGUGGUUAGAUGGCUCAGACAUUUCUGACGACAGCGAGUCCGAUGACGAUGACGAUGACGAUGAGACUGAUGACUCGGAUAGUGAUGAUAGCGACACAGAGGGCUCUUCAUCUAGCAAACGCAAGAAGCCGGCUACUGCUAGCAGAAAGAAACGUCCAAGGGUUGAGAUUGAAUAUGAAGAAGAGACUCAACCUGCUCAUCAGGAGCUCGCGCAUUGA